CGCAGUGUCCGUCAGUUCACUUGUGUCCCGGUUCAAAGUUUAAGGUUGUUGUUUCACCAUACUCGUGUCGUCAGAGAUAGGAGGCUGUAAACAUCUACUGGGGAGGAUCAAAUAAACCAAUCAUGUCGUACACGUGCAUCAGCUGCCGUGUGCAGUUCUCUGAUGGGGAGGUCCAGCGGGCACAUUAUAAAACCGACUGGCACCGCUACAAUCUGAAGAGAAAGGUUGCAGACAUGCCUCCGGUAACCGCAGAAAACUUCCAGGAGCGAGUGCUGGUGCAGCGGGCGGCAGCCGAGCAGCAGAGUCAGAGCGCCGGACACAGCUACUGCGCCACCUGCAACAAAAAAUUCUCCACUGACAAUGCUCACAGCAAUCACAUCCAAUCCAAUAAACACCAGCAGGCUGAGAGGAAAGCCCUGGCUGCCGCCCAGGAGACUGUCCAGCGAAUGAACGAGAAGAAUCUGGAGAAAGGGGCGGAGCUAGAUAAAGACGCACAGAACGAAGCGCUUCAGAAAGCACUCCGGGAGCAGCAGAGACACACCCCCUCUAAAGCCACAGAGAAGCGGAUCACAGUUCGACCAGACAAACCGCCUCGGCUGCAAUGGUUCGAGCAGCAGGCCAAGAAGAUCGCAGCGGAGGAGGGUGAAGAAGAAGAAGAGGAGGAAUGGGAGGAUGUUGAUGAGGAUAUGGAUGGUGAUGAAGAAGAAGAAGAAGAAGAGGAGGAGGAGGAGGAGAUGGAGGAGGACUCCACAUCUGGGGCAGCUCCGGUCCCCGGGACAAUCCCAGUGAAGGACUGUCUGUUCUGCGGACAUCAUUCACACUCACUCACCCGAAACAUGACACACAUGUCCAAAACACACAGCUUCUUUAUCCCUGAUAUUGAGUAUCUGGUGGACCUGAGAGGACUUAUUUCAUACCUAGGAGAGAAGGUUGGGGUUGGUAAGGUGUGCUUAUGGUGUAAUGAAAAAGGGAAGUCAUUCUAUUCUACUGAAGCGGUGCAGGCACACAUGACCGACAAGAGUCACUGCAAACUUUUCACAGACGGAGACGCCGCACUGGAGUUCGCUGACUUCUACGACUUCAGGAGCAGUUAUCCUGAUGCUAAAGAUGGAGAUGAUGUGGAGAUGAAGGAUGGUGAACUGCCUGAUGAGAAGGCUGUAGAGAUUGAUGAUGAGACGCUAGAGCUCACGUUGCCCUCGGGUGCUAAGAUUGGCCAUCGCUCCCUGAUGAGGUACUAUAAGCAGAGGUUUGGUGUUCAGAGGGCGUUGGUUCCAGCUCAUAACCAGAAGGCUGUUGGUCGAGUCCUUAAACAGUACAAAGCACUUGGAUGGGCAGGAGACUUUGGUAAAGGCUUUGUGAGCCAGCAGCAAAAGGACAUGCAGUACGUGCGCAGGAUGAAGUCCAAGUGGAUGCUGAAGAUGGGCAUGAACAAUAACGCCAACAAACAGACCCAUUUCAGAGCUCAAGUCAUGUUCUAAACCAAUAAACCAUCAGCAUCACCAGUACACAUUUCAGCUUUUCAGAGUUCAUAGCAGUAUUCUGUGUUGAUUCAGCUGAGAUGUAAAUUGGUGCUAAGGUGGAACAUCACACAUGAAUGUUUAAGGCAACAACAUCCAUAGUGUAUAAGGAAACAUUGUGCUUUAGAUAUCCAAAUCAUGGAGAUCCAAAUUAUGUGCUUUUCUAGCAUUAAAAUGAGAUUGCUGUUCAUAAUUACCUUUAUUUCCAUUUCCGAGUUGAGUACCCCUUGUAAAAGACAAAACAUGUAAACCAACUGUAUAAAUUAUCAAUAAAAUAAGCAAUGCUUGACUUAAA